AGACAGUCGGUAGACAAAACAAAAAUAUUGAUCUGUUGUGCGUCCAUGCAGUGGACUACAGGAAGAUAAAAAGAAAGUACAUGUGCUCACUGUUCAAAGCUAGUAGAAGGCCAUGGCUCUACGUUGUGCUCCUUGGAAGACAUUGAGCUCCUGGAAGAGCUUUGCUCGCGUUCAUCAGGAUGUUCGAUUUUCCUCUCUUUUGAUCGACGAGAAGGAGCAUGAGUUUCUGGUCAAAGAUUUGCAGUUAGCUAGUGACAACCCUGGAGUGUUCGAUGGAACUUGGGGUGGUGAAGGCGAGGUGGUCACAUCAUAUUCUCUCAAUGGCAAGCCUAUUGCCCGAGUCACACAGGCGUCAGUUGAUGACUAUCAUCGAGUAGUAAAGAAUGCCCGGGAAGCUUGGCUGGAGUGGAGAGAGGUACCAGCUCCUAAGCGUGGUGAGGUUGUCCGCCAAAUUGGAGAUGCUAUGCGCAAAUACAAGAAGCCUCUGGGACGACUGGUGUCAAUGGAGAUGGGAAAAAUCCUAGUGGAGGGUGCUGGUGAGGUGCAGGAAUACGUGGACAUCUGUGAUUAUGCCGUCGGACUCUCUCGCAUGUUUGCUGGCAAGGUAUUGCCAUCAGAACGUGAGGACCAUGCCUUGCUGGAGCAGUGGAAUCCGGUGGGAACAGUUGGCAUCAUCACGGCAUUCAACUUCCCCGUGGCUGUAUACGGCUGGAACACAGCACUCAGCAUGGUCUGUGGCAAUGUGAAUGUGUGGAAGGGAGCACCGUCUACACCUCUUACCAGUGUUGCUGUAACCAAGAUUGUGGAGUCAGUUCUGAAGAAGAAUAAAAUGCCCACAAGCGUAUGCAGUCUUGCUCAAGGUGGCCUUGAUGUUGGAAAGGCUAUGUGUGCUGAUCCUAACGUCAACCUUGUCUCCUUCACAGGAAGUACCGAAGCUGGUCGUCAUGCUGCCGUUGCAGUGCAAAGCCGUUUUGGGAAGAGCCUGCUAGAGCUGGGAGGUAACAAUGCUAUCAUUGUAAUGGAUGAUGCCGAUCUGGAGAUGGUUAUUCCAGCUACUUUCUUUGCUGCUGUGGGAACCGCCGGACAACGUUGUACGACCACACGCCGGCUGAUUGUACAUUCCCAGGUUUAUGAUCGAGUAUUGUCGACACUGGCAAAUGCGUACAGUCAAGCUACCAUCGGCAGUCCAUUAGACAAGAAGACGCUACUUGGACCACUCCAUAACAAGCAAGCAGUUGACAACUACAAGAAAGCAAUCGAGGCUGCUGUUGCUCAGGGUGGUAAAAUUGAGUACGGUGGCGAGGUGUUAGAUUGUGAUGGAUACUAUGUACGGCCGACCAUCAUCAGCGGACUACCCGCCGACGCUCCGAUUGUUCGCACGGAGACAUUCGCACCGAUAUUAUACAUAUUCAAGUGUGAUAGUUUGGAGCAGGGCAUAGCAAUGAACAACAGUGUGGAUCAGGGCCUGACCAGCAGUGUCUUCACUAAGAAUAUCUCCAAUGUAUUCAAGUGGACUGGCCCGGCUGGAUCUGAUUGCGGCAUUAUCAAUGUGAACAUACCCACAAGCGGAGCGGAAAUCGGUGGUGCCUUUGGUGGUGAGAAGCACACGGGUGGUGGCCGCGAAUCAGGCAGUGAUGCCUGGAAGGCAUACAUGCGUCGAUCAACAAUUACCAUCAACCAUGGAAAGAAACUGCCGCUAGCCCAGGGUAUCAAGUUCAACUUCAAGGCGAAGAAGUAGAUGUGCAGGGCUCGGCAGCGUGCCGCCAUCAAUCCCUCGUGGCUCGUCCAGCUCAGUGAGUUUCCCUCUCCGACAUGCUGUGCAUUGCUGCAUCAACCUCUACAUGACCAACCUCGUGCAUUCGUGAAGAGUUGUUUUGAAGAAUUGUUUUAGUAAUUUCUUGGCUAUGGCUUGAUGACUAGAGAGCUCAUGCCCGCUUUCAGAAUAUUUUUAAACCCACAUGUACCUCUCUCAUUUGUGUACUGCUCGUGCUUCUGCGCGACUUCUUGUUCGGCUACAGGUUUUUCCACAUGCUUGCUGCUGUAGUUAAAAUUCCCAAGUUGUUACACACAUUCCUGUGCUCUCCGUUGCCGCUGAUCUUCUUGUAUUGUACUGGACUUCUCUGGUUCUCAUUCUGGAUUUUAAAACUUCUUCAUGCUACCUCCCGCAGCAGGGAGUAGUAUAAUAUGGUAGUGUACUACUCCCUGCUUCCUAGUGCUGUAACUGGCAGUGUUUAGUGAUCUUGAGCAUCAAUGAGAAUUUCUUCUUUUCGAGUACUUGUAGUACUUCGCAGACUUCGCAGACGAAGUACUAAACCCACUUGCACGUGCGAGCUAUGUGCCCGCGUCUGUUUUCGUUUUUAUCGGUUUUGUUUGGUUUGCGUGCUGUGCGAUCUGUAUUGCACACCGGCUA